AAUGUACUUAUGAUCCAGUGGCUGUUCUAUGCAGAUUCCUAAUCUGCCAAUCUGUCCAGUUCAGUGAGAUGAUGGAGCAUGGACGCCAGAGCCGCCAGCGGGCUUCCGAGAUUAUUCGCAAGCAGAAACGUAAAGAACUGGAUGCCCGACGCAGCAAGUGCCGAAUCCGUAUUGGAAGCCACCUGGAGCAGUGGUGUCAGCUCAAAGAGCAGCUGGGUUUUUCUCUCCAUUCCCAGCUGGCCAAAUACCUGCUUGACAGGUACAGUUCACAUGCCUCAGUAUUGAAAACAGACAGCUUCAGUGCUGAGCCCAUCGCUUUUCCUUCUGAGGCAUUGCAGCAUCUGGUUGUCCUUUCUCACAACCACAGCCAGGAAUGUGCUUUCAUCCCCAAUGUGAAGCCUACUUUGCUGGAGCAGGAGACCGUCUGCAGCCAGCUGGAAUGGGAGUGUCUAGCUGGCCAUACUUUCGCCUGGAGUCCCCCUGCCUCAAACAUCAGCCCACCACCCUUUUGCCAAAAAGCCUCUAGUGACAGGCAGGAGCAAGAGGAGGAAGCAAUCACUUCCAAGCUCAGCCCCCCACCCUCCCCGGUCACCAGAUGCCGUCGCUCCCUUCGCAAGGCAGCAGCGGCCCAUGCCAUUUCGUUAGCACUUGCUUCCAGCUCGCCCUGUCCUGUGGACGAGCCGGAGUCCUCUUCCCAAGAAGAUGAGGAAUGUGGUAUGGACAGAGAGAGGACCACAUGUAUGUCUCCUGCCAAUGGCACAGGUCUGGACAAGGAGACAGAAUUAUUGUGCAAUACAAACUCGGAUGAGACAGGGGAGACACCAGAAUCAGUGUCUGGUCCACCAGAGGAGGAAGAAGCAGAAGAUUUCACAGAGGAGGAUAAUAUGGUGUACAUGGAUGACCUGGGAGAUGAAAAUUAUCAGCCUUCCUUGGAUAGAAUAGAGUACCAUCAAACAAUCCCAAUCUCUCUUUCUAGCUGCAAGAAGCAGGUACAGCCAGGAGAUGAAGACAUGUCCCAAAUUGGUCCUAAGAGAAUCAGGAAGGCAGCCAAGCGAGAGAUUCUCCUUUGUGACUAUGAUGGUUGUGGGAAAAUUUUCUCCAAUCGCCAAUACUUGAAUCACCACAAGAAAUACCAGCAUGUUCACCAAAAGACCUUUACCUGCUCUGAUCCCGGCUGCGGCAAGUCCUUCAACUUCAAGAAACAUCUCAAAGAACAUGAGAAACUGCACAGUGAUAAAAGGGACUACAUAUGUGAAUUCUGCGCCCGCUCCUUCCGAACGAGCAGUAAUUUGAUUAUCCACAGGCGGAUCCACACUGGAGAAAAACCCCUACAGUGUGAGAUCUGUGGUUUCACCUGCCGCCAAAAAGCGUCCUUGAACUGGCACAUGAAGAAGCAUGAUGCCGACUCCUUCUACCAGUUCUCCUGCGACCUUUGUGGCAAGAAGUUUGAGAAGAAGGACAACGUCACUGCGCACAAGAGUAAGAGCCAUCCCGAGGGGGCCACCGGGCCUCUCCCGCCAGCACAGGAGCCGCCCCCUCUGAGCUCUCCGCUUGCAGCAGAGCCAAUGGCAAACCCAGUUCAGACUCAGCAAUGUGACAUAGGGAAAGGGGUGGAGCCUCCUGCCCUUGCAAUUACCGUCAUCAUUGAAUAG